GGCCCAAAGUGGAGAGCCACGCUUUCUCUAAGUGUCUGCAAGCUUCAGGGCUACGCUAGUGUUGCUUCUGCUCCUGCUGGGUCGACACUGGGAGACCUACUGAGGUUUACCGGCGCCGAAAAGGGAGUAUCUGCCUCCAUACCUAUCCAGUCGCCUGUAGUGAGUAAUCAGGAUGACCCAUUACCUAGCGCCACGGUGCCUCAAAACGACUGCUAUUGUCGGGGCCACGUUUACACUGUUCCUGCUCAUGCUGAAUCAUGACCUGGGCUCCUACCUUGGGCCUCUGACGCCGAAAAAGGCCCUACUUCUGCUGCCCAAGAUCCAGAACGUACAAAUAUCUCCUGCUGCAUCUCCGUCGGCCUCGCCCUCCACCCCUGCGAGUCAUGAAAACGAUUUUGUUGCUCGGAGGUUUCGUGAAAGGAAGGCGUUCAAGGAGGAAAUGUGCCGGAAGAUGAACACCAGUGGGAAGAUAAUACCAAAUUAUGUUAUGCAUUACAACAGAGAAUACAAGCUUCUUUUGUGCGCUCCUCCUAAGACAGGCUGCAGUUCGUUGAAACGCCAUCUGUUACGUUUAGCGGGAGUUCCUGAAAUGGUAAAUGUCCACUCGGAACAAGCAAGAAGAGCUAUAUCAGUUAGACACGUCUUAGGGGCUGACUUAUACAAAGUACUGCAAUCUACAUUCCCGGCGACUCGGGUCAUGGUGGCCAGGCAUCCCUUGGACCGCCUCGUGUCUGGCUACAAGGACAAGUUCAGAAACGGGGAUCAGGUCACUGGCACAUGGGCGAAAUACAUGACUAUGUACAGGGUGCGUCGUGGAUUCAACACAAGCAACAUGACUUUAACCUUCCGCCAGUUCCUGGAAAUGAUUGCAAACAUAAUGGACAAAGGAGAAAGUCUAAGCCUCAAUCAAGCACAAACUCGUACCUUUCCCUUCUUCACAAAUGCGAAAAGAAUUCAACCGUCAGAAAGAGAACUGGGAGAUGCAAGGAUGCGCCUGUUUAAAAGAUUUGGGAGAAACAAAAGUGACCGGCACUUCCGCCCAAUCACCCUCCUGUGCUAUCCCUGCGACGUCAGAUAUGAAUAUAUAUUCCACACAGACACCCUAACGCAAGAUCUUCAGCAUAUCGUGGAUAAACUCAAUAUCACAGGCAUCGAUCUUGAUCUACGUCUGAACAAUAGGACACGAAAAUCUUCGUAUGAAGAUUAUUAUAAAAAUAUUCCUGCUAGUCUAAUCAGAAGGAUAUACGCAAUCUACAAGGAAGACUUUCUUAUUAAUAACUUUACAGUACCUGCCUUCUUGAGAGGUGUAAUCCAAGGCGAUAGUGUGUUUGAAUCUGAACCUGAACCUGACACCGACGGCUACCUCCAAAAGUGGUUUCCUUAUGCAUCACCCAUCUCCGGCAACGGAAGAUGGUAG